GUCAGACGGUUCGUUUUGAGUUCGACUGCUACGAGCCUAAACAGCCCGGAAACAUGUCCGAGUUAUACAUCCGAGUGGCCGAGGACGAGAGCGAGGAGCCCAUGGAAAUCCCGUCGGAGGACGACGGCACCGUGCUGCUGUCCACGGUGGCGGCCCAGUUCCCUGGGGCCUGCGGCCUGCGCUACAGGAACCCCGAGUCGCAGUGCAUGCGGGGGGUCCGCCUGGUGGAGGGGGUCCUGCACGCCCCGGAGAGCGACUGGGGGAACCUGGUCUACGUCGUCAACUACCCCAAAGACAACAAAAGGAAGAUGGAAGAAAUGGACGCCGCCUCCGCUGUUAAAAUCAAGAGGGGCUCCCAGAAGACGUCGGAUCUUAUUGUGCUGGGGCUGCCGUGGAAGACGUCAGAGCAGGACCUGAAGGACUACUUUGCCACCUUCGGGGAGGUCAUCAUGGUGCAGGUCAAGAGGGACGCCAAGACCGGUAACUCCAAGGGCUUUGGGUUCGUCCGGUUCACAGAGUACGAGACUCAGACCAAAGUGGUUUCUCAGAGACACAUGAUCGACGGGAGAUGGUGUGACUGCAAGCUUCCCAACUCUAAGGCUGGUCCUGACGAGCCCAUGCGGAGCCGUAAGAUCUUUGUGGGGCGCUGCACAGAAGACAUGACCACUGACGAGCUCCGGCAGUUCUUCAUGCAGUACGGCGAGGUCACCGACGUCUUCAUCCCCAAACCCUUCAGAGCCUUCUCCUUCGUCACCUUCGCCGAUGACCAGGUGGCCCAGGCCCUGUGUGGAGAGGACCUGAUCAUCAAGGGCGUCAGCGUGCACAUCUCCAACGCCGAGCCUAAACACAAUAAUAGUAGGCAAAUGAUGGAGCGUGGGCGGUUCGGGGCUGGUGGGUUUGGCCAGGGCUACGGCGCAGGGCGCGGCGGCAUGGGGGGCAAUAGCAGCGGGGUUAACUUCGGCGCCAUGGGGCUUAACCCGGCCAUGGUGGCGGCGGCGCAGGCAGCGCUGCAGAGCAGCUGGGGGAUGAUGGGCAUGCUGGCUAACCAGCAGGGGCAGACCACGGCGGCGGGCACGGCCACCACGGCCCGAGACCCCACCUAUAGCUCCACCAGCACUAGCUACAGUAGCCCCACCUCGGCCAGCCUGGGCUGGGCCGCGGGCACUAACUCCGCCUCCAGCAGCGGCUUCAGCUCCGGCUUCGGCGCCAUGGAGUCGAAGUCCUCUAGUUGGGGAAUGUAGGCUGUAGUCUGUCUGUGAGUUAGGCCAAUCUGGUAAGUAUGCAUAUGGUGGCAGAAAAAAACAAGCUAGUCCUCUUAUAUCCCCUGCUAUUUAAAAAAGAAAAGAAAAAAAAGAUAUAUUGCCUUUUCAUUUUGUUGAACGAAACAUUUAUACUCCAGUGAUAAUUCUUGUAGCCAGCUGUUGAAUGGUUGACGUGUUUAGUUGGUGAGUGGAGACUGCUACACUACCUUUUUUGUUUUUCAGAGUUUUCUUUUAAGAUGUGACUGUGCAUGCAAGGUAUAUAUUUAUAUAUAAAUACAUAUAUACUAUACAAGGUAUAUAUUUCUGAAACAUGCACGAGAAUUAUGAGAGCCCCAUCCCUCUCUUAUCCACGUUGAAUGGCUACAUGGGCUAGGUUUGCGUUUGUUGUGUGCGGUUGACUGUGUAUCUACCCUUUUGUGUGAUGUGAUUGGACACCCCUUGAUGACCGUCUCUUCUACAGCCGUGCAGCAACUCUUUUCCAAUUUCCCGGGAGGAAGCGCCUCAUGGGCGGCCAUGUUUGACCGGUCUCAGUAUCAGUUCCCCUCCUCCCAUGUGUAAAUGCUUUGCCAUCAAAGAACACGGCUUCACUCUGCAUAUACUGUGUUAGACGGUGGGUGUUUCGUCUUUUUCCUCCUCUCCCCUUCAUUUUUAAAUUGGAUAGAUGCAUAGAAAAAGUGAAAUUCUUGUGGCAUUGGUGUUUUAUUUGUUUUUGGAGAUCGAUGAGUAUGGUAUUGAUGGUGGACGUGUGAGAGACUUGAGCGUGAACGAACGGGGGGGCAAAGCAAGGUGAACGCAAGAACGUGUGAAGAGGGACUGACUGGGGUGUCUAUACGAUCCGGAGGCCGGCCAGGUGGGAGGAACCUGUGGCUUUGUGCGAGUGUUAGAGGGCAGGGGGCGUACGAGUGUGUUCCUAAUGACAUCACAAGGACUUCCAUAACUUUGUCGCUCCUUACGACCUCUCUCUCCUACUUAAUCUCUAUCGGCCUUUAAAAAAAAAUAAGUGAAAUGUUAAAUGCUUAGAGUAUGUGUAUCCUUGUAGCUUUUUGUUUUGUUUCCUUGCUGUUUGACGUGGAUGCUGUGUAUGGUGUGUGCUUAAUUUCUCUCCCUUGUUACCACCCCUUUUGUGUGAACAUGUUGCUGUUGAAGUUUGUGUGGGGGCAGAGAAGCAUUGUGGGUGGGCUGGGGGGACUUGGACGAGUGUUGUGUUUGCUGUGGGUGCGCGCGCAGUGUGUUGUGUGUUGACGAGUCCCCAUCUGAAAGAUUGUGUUUUUGAAGUGGCGCUGAAUGCAUUUUCUAUGUUUUGUGAAUCAAAGGGAAGUCUCCAAUAAAAAAAAACAAAUAAUUUGACUAGG